CUUGUCUUGUGGUCGCAUUAAUGAACAUGUUACGAAUCUGCUACAGUUACAAUUUGAAUGAAUGAAUUUUAGGUGUAAACUUACAGUGAUAUAAGAAACAUAAAGAAAAGAUUAAGGUUCACGUUCUUAGUAACUUAAAAAAGGAGCGAGUUUACGCCGGUCGCAUGAUUAGACACUGACUGUGACGUCAUCUUCAUCAGCCAAAUCACUGGACAGAAUUUCAAAACUACUGGCGGUAGGAAAUCUACCGUCACAUUUUACUGUACAACGCAGUACUGUACUCCAUGAUUAACUGCAAUGGCGCCUCUAAAAUUUGUCAUUAAGUGUGGGAACUUUGCUGUGCUGGUGGAUCUCCACAUCCUGCCCCUGGGCAGCCAAGAGGACGCCAGCUGGUUUACUACAAGACACAUCGAGGAAGUUACGACUCUGAUUCGUGAUUCUGUGGAGCAAAGAGUUAAGCAGUACGCAGACUCCUUUCAAAAAGGAAGACAGCCAAAACACAAAAAGGAGCUAGCACCUGCUUCAGCUUUUAUUGUAAAAGGGAAACAUUUCAACCUAGUCGCCAAUUUUCUGAAGCGCCACAUCAACCUUCGAUGUGUCGUCAAGCAGCACCAUGGUGAGUUGCGUGUGUUUCCUGAGCGCUACGUUGUGUGUAUAAGCCGUCCAGAGGAUGCCGCAGUGCAAUAUACAAAACCAAGCUCAACCACAACAGAGCUGUGCGAACAAAGCAGAUCAGAAUAUUUUUCCAGAGAGGGAGAAAUCCAAGAGUCUUUCAACUGCACCACAAAAAUAAAGAAAACUGUGCUUCAAAAGAUAGCCAAAAAAUCCAAUGUCCAGCAAGAGCACCGGGGUCCCAUUGUGGGCGAGCAGCAAAUUGAGCAGAGAGCCUGUGUUGAAGACCAAAGAGGGAAACGUGGAGAUGACCACUCAGACACAAGCUCAUUAGGAAGUGUCUCUAGUGCUGGAAGGACGGCCCGUAAAAACAUAGAGCAACAGGUACCAUGCUCCGAUGCUGUGAUUCAGAACCAGGACCUGACCUUACAGAGCCAAACUGAUCAUUGUUCUCCAGACAGCAUCAAGCCAAACAUGACCUCAGUAGGUUUCUGCCCACAUGAAAUCAGUCCAGGAAGCAGGCGGCGCAAGAGGACUAAACCCAGCGAUUCAGAAGACCCUCGGCCACUGAAGGCCAAGAGGACAGGCCUUGACGGAACUCCAGCCGCAAUGCAAACUCACUCCACUGAGUGCUUCACACAAAUAUCCAAACACGACCCUCUUCCUCUGCCGCCCCUUCCUCUAGACGAAACCAAGGCAGGGUCCAAGGCUUUCCCAGUCUCAGAGUACAAGAAAACCACAGUGGAAGUAGAGCUGCUUACUCCAGGGAAACGGGACCAGAGGCUCCCCCUCACAAGCAAUAACACAACACAGACGAACCAAAACAGGCUGGCCACAAGUCGAAAGGGCCUAUCUGUCAAGCUUGCAUCCUCGGAAUCCUCUAUUAGUUCCAGAUCCACAGGCGGGGAGGAGGGAAGUAAAAAUGUGCCCAGAACCUCGAGAUUACGACGACUGAAGAGGUCCUGAGGGGGACAGAGGAGCUACAGUAAAAACGCCUGACGCUAUCGAGACAGAAAUGAAAUUGUGUCAGGCCUCAUGAUCCCCCUCCCUCCCUCGCUCCAUCCCUCGCAUUUAUACACACAAAUGGCCUUUUACUACAAUUGUGAGUCUUUUCACACAAAGCCACACAGGCAGAUCCAAUACAGAACACAUAAUUGAUACAUGAGGGUUUUGAGUUAUGUUUUGUCAAAUACUUGAAACAGACUUCGCCUCCACCCAUAAGUAGUGGUGGUCAAGAGAGGCUUGCAAAUGAAAGUCAAAAACCCUUAAUUGGAGUUUAGACUCGGGUUUUGUGUUAAAGAUUGGGGAUUUCAGACAGGCAGGAGCCAUGCAGUACGUCAUGGCUGUUAGGCUGAAAUAGUGGCUCCCAAGUGUCUGUAAACUGUCCGCUUUGCCUGCUGAAGCUCUGCCGUGAUUGAUUGCUGUUUCCAGAUUUAUUUCAGGUCUGUUUUUUCUUUUUGAAAUUCUUAGAGCAUUUUCAUUCAUGCAUAAUUCCCAUUAAUGCUCAUUUCUGUAUUUACAUUCCAAGCACAUGAAACGUACAGUAUCUUCACCAGUCUUCAUGCAGCAUGAGAAAGCGAGCCUAGGUUGAAGUUUGCAUGUAUCCUAUGGUUGUCUUUGUACGGUGCAGAAGUGCACAGCAAAUGCAAAGUAUUGAAAUGUUAGUGAUUUUAUUUGGUAAUACCAGAGCAUUUGACACUGCCAGCAAAGAUUCUUUCAAAGAGCCACACGUCCCUAUAGACUGCAGAGCAACGACAGUCCAAAUUCAAAACUUACGAUGCUCUACGGUCUACUUGAUGACAUGUCACCCUAUAAUAUACUCUUUUAAAUAAACCUUUGUUUUACUGGACAGACAUUUUAUGAUCUGAAUAAAUGUUUUGGGUUUUCUUUUCUUUUCGAAAAACGCAUCUUUCACAGGCACGUAAAGUGUCC